AUGCCAUUUGAAAUACUUGACAAAUUCGAGGAUGUGUUGCUCGAAGGAGAGUGGUAUUUUCUUGGUAAUUUUGCAGUUACCGACAGAUUACCACAUCCAAGUAUAUCAUCAAUCGACUGUCAUAUACGUAUCAACGAGGAUACAAUCACUGCGAAAACCGAUCCGAAGUCUUCCAGAGAAAUAUACUCUUUCUGUCCAUUCAUAGAUAUUUUGCUUGCGUCGAUUCAAACAGAACGAUAUCUUGUUGAUCUUCUCGGGGUUGUCACUUUUGUUCAGAAACUUCAAAGAGGAGUUCAUAUGUCCGAUACAUCGGAUACACCCACAGAACGUCCACUUAUUCGUUUUGUACUCGAAGAUCUCGGGUGGAGAGGUGGUAAUGCUAAGAACGCACGAUAUGCUCCUACCAGUGUAACCGAUAUAGACCAACUUGGAGGUUUGUUCCGUUACAAUAUCAAUGAAGUUCCUGAUCUAACACCCCCGGGAAUUCGUAAUGCACAGCAGAGACGAAUGCAUAGCAUGCGUGAGAGGAGAGAAAGAAAAGAAGCUAUUGAUCUUUUGGCUACUUCUAUCAACACCGAAGACUUUGCUUGCUUUAUUGCUACUGAUUCUGAGUCCGAUAUGGAUUAUGAUGAAGACUCUAUGUCGGAAAGUGAUGAUGUGGGAAAACCGAGGCCUGGUAAUAAAAAGAAAGGAAGACCCAAAAAACGUGCUAAAACCUCUGAUUUUUGUGAUGAGGAUGCAACAGAGACCGUUGUUAUUAGAACAGAUUUAUUGGAAUCAGUUAGUCCUGAUCUGAAAGAUGGAGAUACCGAAGGGAGGAAAAGGUUGCAUAUUACUAUGAGAGAGUUUUUUGCUUACCGCAUACAAGAGAGGGUUGGUGAGUCACCAAUCAUCCCUUUAUCUGGAAGAUUGUUCCAGCAGUUUUUAGUGGAUGCGUACACGAUGAUUGAGACUAAUAGACUACGUUUCAUAUCAAUGAAUCAGUCUAAAAUUCGUUGCGAAAAUUAUGACAAAAUAAAGAAAACUGUUGAUGAAGGUGACACUGAUCUUUCUGACAAGGGUAAACGUAUUAUUAUACCUUCUUCUUAUACUGGUGGUACAAGGUAUAUGGUGCAACAGUAUCUAGAUGCGAUGACUACUUGCCAGCAUUUUGGUUUUCCGGAUCUUUUCAUAACCUUUACGUGUAAUCCCAAAUGGCCUGAGAUUACCAGGCACCUAAAAAGACAUAACUUGAAGCAAGAGGAUAGACCAGAUAUAUGUACGCGAGUGUUCAAGAUGAAACUAGAUGAUCUCAUGCACAGACUCACCAAAGAAAAUGUGUUAGGUGUCGUAAAAGCCGAAUCUGGUCACAAGCUACCAACUGGUGAUGACAUUGAUAAGAUAAUAUGUGCUGAGAUUCCUGACAAGGAUAUUGAUCCAGCGCUGUAUGAGAUAGUAGGAGAUGUCAUGAUGCAUGGACCAUGUGGUGCUUUGAAUAAGGAUAGUGUUUGCAUGGCUGAAGGAAAAUGUACAAAGUAUUUUCCAAAACCUUACAGUCCGAUCACUAAAAUAGAUGAUGUUGGAUAUCCUAUAUACAGGCGACGUAAUGAAAGAAGGAGUCUUACACUGCUUUAUAUGGCUCAUAUCAACGUCGAAUGGUGUGUACAAUCUCGAUCAGUAAAGUAUCUAUUCAAGUAUAUUCAUAAAGGUGCUGACUAUAUUCGUGCAACUAUCAAGAAUGAUGAUAAAGAAAACGAGAUUAAGAAACACUUCAAUUGUAGGUAUGCAGCACCUUCGGAGUCUACGUGGAGAAUUUUCUGUAAUCAUACUCACCAUCGCACGGUUUCUGUAGUUAAACUACCCUUUCAUUUACCAAAUCAGCAAAUGGUCAUAUACAACGAGGAUGCUCCAGGUGACGAGGUUAUUAAUCGUGUCUCAGUUGGUACGUCAAAAUUCAUUGCUUGGAUGGAGUGCAACGAUAAGUAUGAACUGGCGAGGACGUUAACUUAUGCGCAAUUUCCUAUGAGAUUUGUGUGGAAUAACCUAAAGAGAAUAUGGACGCCACGAUCAAGGAGAGUUGCUCUUGGUAGAAUCACGUACGUAUCCAUUGGGGCAGGUGAAGCGUAUUAUUUAAGGCUUCUGCUUAAUUUAGUCAAAGGACCACAUAGUUUUGAUGAUAUAAAAACGGUCAACAAAGUUCUACAUUCUUCGUUCAAAGACGCUUGCUAUGCGUAUGGAUUAUUGAAUGAUGACAAAGAAUAUAUUGAGGUCAUCAAUGAGGGCGGCUUGUGGCUUUCUGCCAAUUAUCUCCGUCGUCUUUUUGUGAUCCUGCUCACUACUCAAAGUAUAUCCAUUCCUUCUAGAGUGGGAUGCUACAUGGCAGCUGUUAGUCUAUCUCAGGAGCAAGUUAAAGACUUUACUCUGGUCGAAAUAGAACUUCUUUUACGUGUAAGUGGAAGAUCCUUAAAAGAAUUCACACCUAUGCCGUUUCCUGAAGAUAUUACUCUGGAGUCACGUGAUAAUCCUCUUAUUCGGGAUGAGAGGAAUUACAAUCGCGAAACUCUUAGAGUAAGAAACGAGAAGAUGUUAGCCACUGUAACCAGUGAACAGAGAAGUGUUUAUGAUGAGAUACUAGAAGCAGUAAAUAAGAACAAAGGAGGUAUGUUCUUUGUUUAUGGUUCUGGAGAUACUGGUAAAACUUAUUUGUGGAGUCUAUUAGGAUCUGCUCUACGUUCCCAAGGUGAUGUUGUUUUUAAGGUUGCAUCGAGCGGGAUUGCUGCGUUGUUAUUAGAAGGAGGCGGAACUGCGCAUUCAAGAUUUGCAAUCCCUAUUGUGGUUAAUAAGUUUACCUUCUGUUCAAUCAAGAAGGAGUCGAAUCUUGCCGAUCUGAUAAAGAUUGCUAAACUCAUUAUAUGGGACGAGGCGUUGAUGAUGAGUAAAGACUGUUUCGAGACCCUAGAUAGAACGAUGCGUGAUAUAUUAGAAGUUGAUAAGCCCUUUGGUGAUAAGGUCAUUGUUUUAGGAGGGGAUUUUUGGCAAAUAUUGCCAGUGAUUCCAAAUGCCGGGAAGACAGAGAUACUUAUGGCCACUUUGAAUUCGUCACCUCUGUGGUACAAAUGUAGAGUGUUGAGACUUACACAGAACAUGCGACUUAUAGCUGGAGAUAAUAGCCGUGCGAUGCUUGAACAAGCUGCCUUUACAAAGUGGAUCUUAGACAUUGGUGAUGGUAUGAUAAAUGACGAUGGAAGUGGUGAAGCCGUGACUGAUAUUCCUGAUGAUCUGUUGAUUAAAGAAUGUAAAGAUCCUAUAAAAACGAUCGUCAAAGAAAUUUAUAGGAGUUCGUUUUCGAAAGAGACUGAUCCUAAAUUUUUCCAAGACCGUGCCAUACUGAGUCCAAGAAACGAUGAUGUAGAUAUGAUAAAUGAUUAUAUGCUUUCAAAGUUAUCGGGUGUUGAAAGGACCUAUCUUAGUUGUGAUAGCAUUGAUACGACUGAAGAAGUUUUGAGAGAGGGUACUCCUGUAAUGCUUCUAAGAAAUAUCGACCCUAAGAAUAGGUUGUGUAAUGGCACAAGACUCAUCAUUAUCAAGAUGGCUAAUUAUGUUCUCCAGGCUCAGAUAAUAACAGGUAGCAAGGUUGGUGAAAAGGUACUGAUUCCUAGGAUACUCCUCUCUCCUUCGGAGAUGAAACUUCCUUUCAGGAUGAGACGCAAGCAGUUUCCUAUCACAUUAGCUUUUGCAAUGACUAUAAACAAAAGCCAAGGACAGACACUCGAAAAGGUUGGUUUGUAUCUUCCAAGACCGGUUUUUACUCAUGGGCAACUCUAUGUCGCUGUAUCGAGGGUUACAUCAAGAGAAGGUUUGAAGAUAUUGAUCACCGAUAAAGACAACAAACCACAAAACAUAACAUUGAAUGUCGUCUACAAGGAGGUUUUUGACAAGAUAUGA